GCCCUUUCGCACCCUUGAAGACAGCGUAUCGUGACCAGGUCGAACGACUCAACCGGGGAGGCAUAGAUAUAGUCGGCAAAGAACAUUUUACCUAUCUGUACAGUCCUGCUAGAGAUACAGCAUUGACCAAAAGGAACAUCAGAGCUGGAUGGGCUGCGACCGGUCUGUACCCCUUUAAUCCGGAAAGAGUGCUGAAAGAUAUCCCGAGACCUCCAGUUGAGGUCAUCAUCCCGGAAGCCACCCUUGCGGGCACCAGUGCGGCUGAUAUAGUGCUUCAAACACCCAUCACACCGGUGACGCCGGUGACAGCGGAAGCGCUUACAUCCUUGCACAACGUGAUCAAGCAAGACACCAACGUGCCUGACGAGACAAGAGGUCGCAUACAGAAGCUCGCAAAUGCUGCUCAGAUCUCGUUCGCCGAGCGAGCUCUCCUGAAGGACCGCAACCGUUUUCUCUUCAAGAUCAACAACGAAGCUAAGGCUCGUAGGUCGACUAGAUCUAUCGUGCUAGGAAAGGCGAAAGUGAUAAGUUUUGAGGACCUAGAAGAGGCGAAGGUGAGGCGUGCGGAAAAAGACAAGGCUGCAGCACAGAAGGGACAGCGUGGUCGCAAGCGCAAGGAACCAGCGUUAGAAGCCCCACCGCCAUCGAAUAAAGUAGCGCGAACUAGCGGGGUGAUAGCAUCAGACAACAGUCUAGCAACCUCAUGGAGAAUCCCAGUUGCGAAGAUGUACUAG